AUGGAUACUGGAUCAUCCGUGAGCCUGAUACAUCGGGAUCUGAAGGAGGAGUUACAAGUGAAAGGAUCCCCCCGACCAUUUUCUAUAGCAUGGACUAACGGCUCAAUUCAGGAUGAGCCUGAUAGUCAAACCGUUUCCAUUUCGAUAAAAAAUCAGGCUGGCAAAUUUAUAAACCUUGAUGGUCUUAGAACCGUUGAGUCCAUGGUAUUGCCAAAACAAACAGUCAACGCGAUUGAACUAAAAAGAAGGUACCAAUAUUUGAGAGGCAUUGACUUGCCGAAUUAUCGUGAUGGUACUCCGAAGAUAAUAAUCGGAUUACCGCAUGCGCACCUAAUGUGUGCAUUAAGAACAAGGGCUGGCCGCUCAGGCGGACCUAUAGCUAUUCAAACCCACUUGGGAUGGGUGUUAUUAGGGGCAAAAGGUUCGCAUACUAAGCGAGCUAAAUUAUUUUCUAUAAUAGAAUCGAAGAAGAAGCAGGCAGAGAGAGAAGAAAAAACUAUGGCAAACAUUAUGAAAGAUUUCUUCUCAACGGAAGAAUUUGGUGUCAAACUAGACUGCGCCUUACCAAAGCCCAAGGAUGAAGAAAGAGCGAAGCAGAUCAUGAAGGAAACUCUUAGAAAAAAGGAAAGGGGUUACGAGAUAGGGCUACUGUGGAAGACGGAAGAUAUAAAUUUGCCCGAAAGCUAUGGCCAAGCUCUGAGACGACUACAAAGUUUGGAAAGAAAGCUGGCACAAGAUGAAACAUUAAAAAAAUGGUACCACGAGGAGAUAGCCGCAUACUGCAAAAAGGGAUAUGCGCGUGCUGUCGAUACGUGUGAACUAAAAGGAAAUGAGAAUAAUCCCAAGGUUAAUUAUAUUCCGCACUUUGCUGUAGUGAACUAUAAUAAACCUGUACCUAAACCGAGAUUAGUAUUUGAUGCGGCUGCUAAGAAUAAGGAGCGUAGCUUAUCUCUCGGGGACGAGGAGUAUCGCUGGAACAACGAUAAUCCAGUACCGGAAGCACCGCCAGUUGAAGAAAACAACGUCGAGGAGCAGUUAGUCGUCGACGAGGAGUACUUCGAGGAGUACUUCAAAUGA